CCGUGUUUUUCCAGGUUGCUGGCGCGACUUUCGCUGUCUCUCGCAACUGACAAAAACUCCGACUGUCCUGUUUGUGUUUCUUGCGUGUUUCUUUCUGUCAUUUUGAUGCCAUUUGAAUACAUACAUUCCAUCGUUUCUGAAAACGGCUGCCUUUAAUAUCAACGACACCUCGACGAUAACGCGGGGAGCUAGUAUCGGGCCCAUCUCCAACGCCCAGCCUUGCCCCCCAGUGUCUCCAGAAAUCAAGUGAGGAGGCCCCAGUCCCUCUCAAGUCUCAACGAACGGGCAGCCCCAGCCUUGGCGGCCCUGGCCCAGACCUCUUGCGGUCGUUGUGGACGCGUCCCCAUCGUCCCAGUGGAGCAAUCUCUCUCCAAUCGACAAACCACCGAAACACCCACUCGCCUGAACGACAAGGGGAAACUAUUCUCUCCCCUGCCACUCGCUUCACUUCUCGCCUUUGAUUGCUUUUUUGCAUCUGCUGCAUGUCGCGAUACAGGUAGAGCAGAGUUUGGAGGAGAACUCUCUUCGUGAUAGAUUUCUUGUUUCUUCUGGAUUAUCAUUUUCGGCUUUCACAGGGUGCUGACGGAAGCCCCUUUUGUAUCACGACUACCCCCCCAAUCGCGAAUCCCACGUCGACGAUAUCGACACCCCCGGCCGACACAUCACGACAUAUCAACGUGGCGUCCGACCGACGACGACAUUUAUACCAAAACACCACCCACCCAUAACUUCUAAUACACAUACACAACCCGACUGCGAGAGCGAUAGCACCACCUCGCCGUCGUCGUUCCCUCUCGGCUCCGGCAGCGCCAUACACCGCCUUCACCAUGGACCUCCUCCGUCAGCUCGGGGGGCUCCUCCCCGGCGGCAGACCGCCCCAGCUUCCCCUCGGCCAGGGCGAAAAGGACAAGCCACGGAGGACACUGGCACAGCGCCUUCAGUAUCUUAGGAGACCCCUCAGGUUACGAGGCAACUCGAGCAUAUCCGUGCCUCUGGGCGUGGUCAUUCUCUUCCCCUGCAUAGUCGUCAUCCUCAUCCUCGUCCUCUUCGUCAGGCACCCAAGCUCCCCCGGCCGCAUCUUGAUGCCCGCCGGUGCCCCGCCCGGCAUCAGGAAAAUCAGCGAAAAGUACGACAAGGUCUUCGUCACCGGCUGCCUUGAGCCCGACACCAGCAAGCCCCGCGCCAAUGGCGCCUUCGUCGUCCUCGCGAGAAACAAGGAGCUGGACGGUGUCAUCCAGUCCAUCAAGUCCAUCGAGCGCCACUUCAACCGCUGGUACCACUACCCCUACGUCUUCCUGAACGAUGGCGACUUUGACGACACCUUCAAGGACACCGUCAAGAACUACACCUCUGCUCCCGUCGAGUUCGGCAAGGUUGGCCCGGACAUGUGGGGAUUCCCCGACUGGGUCGACCCCAAGGUCGCCAAGGAGGGUAUCGCCAAGCAGGGUGAUGCCGCUGUCAUGUACGGUGGCAUGGAAAGUUACCACUCCAUGUGCAGAUUCUACUCUGGCUUCUUCUACAAGCACGAGCUCCUCCAGAAGUACGAGUGGUACUGGCGCUUGGAGCCCGAGAUCAAGUACUUCUGCGACAUCACCUAUGACCCCUUCCUCAAGAUGAUCGAGAACAACAAGACCUACGGCUUCACCAUUGCGGUCAAGGAACUCCGCGAGACCGUCCCCAACAUUUUCCGCUAUGCCUCCGCCUACAAGCGUCUCAACAACAUUACCUCGCAGGGUCUGUGGGAAAUGUUUGUCGAGCCCCAGCCCGAGAAGAAGCCCGAAGCCCCCGAGCCCGGCCUUCCUGAGGAGAUCCUGCGCUCCGACCCCGGCGCUAACAAGCUCCCCGAUAUCGACCCCGAGGCGAUGGAGGGCGAGAAGUACAACAUGUGCCAUUUCUGGUCCAACUUUGAGAUUGCCCGCUUGGAUUUCUUCCGGUCCAAGGCGUACGAGGAUUUCUUCCAGAUGAUGGAUCACAGCGGUGGCUUUUGGAUGGAGCGUUGGGGUGAUGCCCCGAUUCACUCCCUCGCUGCCGGUGCCCUCUUGGGCCCCCGCGACAUCCAUUACUUCCGCGACUUCGGUUACCGCCACACCACCAUUCAGCACUGCCCCGCCAACGCGCCCGCCCGCCAGCUGCCCCGCGAGCCCUACCUCGAGAAGACCACGCUGGACGAAAAGAAGCGCAUCGAGGAGGACAAGUACUGGGAUGAAUACGACACCCCCAAGGAGAACGGCGUUGGAUGCCGCUGCAGGUGCGACACGGACAUUGUCGACGUCGAGGGCAAGGAAGGUUCUUGCUUGGCCGAGUGGGUGGAUGUUGCGGGUGGCUGGGCCAGUCCUUAGAUGGGGUAGUAGUCCUUGAUUUCACGGGGUUACACGAUACCUAGGAGCUCCUGGAGCGGUGCUACGCCAGAAAAUAAUGGCAGCGUUUGAACAGCGAUUGAACAUCGCGCAUCCUCAGCGCAGUCUAUGAAAUCUGCCCGAGAGUGGCAGAUGGUUGCGGGAGAAUGUGUACAUGAUGACGAAAAGAAAAAUGGCACACAUAUGUGCAGAGAAGGGUGGAUUGGAUGGAUGGCUGGAUGGAUGGAAGGAAAUGAGUUUCUUUACAUGUUUUCCACUUGUAUACAGGAUCAUGAAUCGGGGCGGACUGUGGAGGAACAGCAAGCAGGCAGCAGGCGAUUGUCGAUACCAAAUUCUUGCUUGUCUAUAUAUGGUAGACUUUGUUUCACUGUAGGGAGUGGAGGAGAAUGGUUAAUCCAUUUGUUUUUUUCUUGUGUAGUAUGUUACCCUUCUUUUGCGCGUAAAAUGGAAGAAGAGAUUGAUUGUUUAUUGUCAUGGUAGACCACACAUCUUUCCCUGGUCCUUGGCCAACGAUUAUUCGUGCCAUCUC